GACUCACCCGCCUCCUCGCGGCCACCCCAGAAGAGCUGCGGCGGAAUUCACCGGCGAACACGCCUCACGCCAAGUUCGGCUGCCAGGGGCCCCGCUAGAGCCGGUUGGCUCUGCAAGAAGAACGCCCCUACUACACCCUCCACAGCUGACCCGCCGGGCCGGCCCCCGCCGCUCGCCACCUCUGAGGCGCAUGCGCCGCCCGGCUUGGGCGGGCCCAUUUGGGGAGGAAUUGAAGGGGGAGCCAGCCCACAGAGGCACGGUAAAUCCUAAAAAUCAAGCUGAGCUAACAAGUCAGAUGUCGUGGCUGAGUUUAACUUCAUUUAAAACAAUAGCCUCUGCUGAGAAAAAUGCCGUGAGGGCUCGCUGAGUUUCACUUCUGCCGCUUCCCCCACGCGGGCCCCUCCCCUGGGGCUACAAUCCAAAUUUGCGCCCCCUCCCGAGGGGCGGGGCUUCUGGACGGCGGGAACUGCCAUUGGUGGCUUUGAAGGCGCAGCGGGCGGGAAUAGCUGAAAGAAGUGAGGCGGCUGGCGAUGUGGACGUGCCAAAGAAAUGGAUGAAAUUGUUGCCGAGUUUGUCAAAAGGACCAUCUUGAAAAUCCCGAUGGCUGAAAUGACAACAAUCCUGAAAGCCUGGGACUUUUUGUCUGAAAAUCAACUGCAGACUAUAAACUUCCGGAAGAGAAAGGAAUCUCUUGUUCAUGACUUGGUUAUGCUUUGUGAGGAGAAGCAUGCGAGUGUCAAUGAUGCUGCCCUUUUAGACAUUAUUUAUACUCAAUUUCAUCAGCACCAGAAAAUUUGGGAUGUUUUUCAGAUGACUAAAGAACCAGGUGAAGAUAUUGACCUUUUUGAUAUGAAACAAUUCAAAAGUUCAUUUAAGAAAAUUCUUCAGAGAGCCUUAAAAAAUGUAUCAGUCACCUUCAGGGAUACUGAGGAGAAUGCAGUAUGGAUUCGAAUUGCCUGGGGAACACAGUAUAAAAAGCCAAACCAGUACAAACCUACUUACGUGGUGUACUAUUCCCAGACUCCGUAUGUCUUCAUAUCUUCUUCCAGGCUGAGGAGCAGCAUUCCCCUUCUGGGUCAGGCACUGACAGUUGCUAGCAAACACCAUCGGAUUGUGAAAAUGGACUUCAGAAGCCGAUAUCUGGACUCUCUUAAGGCUAUUGUGUUUAAACAGUAUAAUCAGACUUUUGAAACUCACAACGCCUCUACACCUCUACAAGAAAGAAACCUUGAGCUAGAUAUAAACAUGGAUUCAAGGAUCAUUCAUGAAAACAUAAUAGAAAAAGACAGAGUACAAAGAGUGACUCAAGAAAUUUUCGGAGCCUAUCCUCAACCAAGACUAGAAUUUGCACAAUAUAAGCUUGAAACGAAAUUCAAAAGUGACUUAAAUAGGGGCAUCUUGGCAGAAAGAAAAGAACCUCUCCGGUGCCUAGUAAAGUUCUCUAGCCCGAAUCUUCUGGAAGCAUUGAAAUCCUUAGCACCAGCAGGUAUUGCAGAUGCACCACUUUCUCCAUUGCUCACUUGCAUACCCCAAAAGAGAAUGAAUUAUUUUAAAAUUAAAGAUAAAUAAGACAUA